CGGGGCGGCGCUAAGAUGGCGGUGGCGCUGCUGGCGCGGCUGUGCCGGGGCGCCCCCGGGCUCCGGGGCUCGCUCGGGCUCCGCGCCGCCCGCCCGCCCCUCGCCGCCGCCGCCGCCGCCCCGCCGCUGCUGCUCCGCCGUCCCGCCGCGCCCCUGGGGCCGCGCAGCUUCUCGGCGGCCGAGCUGGUGCGCGCCGCGCCGGCCCCGCUGCAGCCCUACCUGCGGCUGAUGCGGCUGCACCAGCCCGCCGGGACGUGGCUGCUGUACCUGCCGUGUACGUGGAGCAUCGGGCUGGCGGCCGCGCCCGGCUGCCUGCCGGACUGGCGCAUGCUGUCGCUGUUCGGCGCGGGAGCCGUGCUCAUGCGGGGCGCCGGCUGCACCAUCAACGACAUGUGGGACCGCGACUAUGACAGACAGGUUGCAAGGACAGCAAGCAGACCCCUGGCAGCUGGAGAUAUCUCCACUUUCCAGUCCUUGGUUUUUCUUGGGGGACAGCUCAGCCUGGCACUCUGUGUGCUUCUGUGUCUGAAUUAUUACAGUAUCAUUCUGGGAGCAUCCUCUUUAAUCCUUGUGGUCACCUACCCUCUGAUGAAGAGAAUAACAUACUGGCCACAGCUAGUUUUGGGAUUCACAUUUAAUUGGGGAGCCCUUCUUGGCUGGUCUGCUGUCAAAGGGUCGUGUGAGUGGUCUGUGUGUUUGCCCUUGUACUUUGCUGGAGUCAUGUGGACCCUGGUGUACGACACCAUUUAUGCACAUCAGGAUAAGAGGGACGACAUCAUGAUUGGUGUGAAGUCAACUGCCUUGCAGUUCAGGGAGGACACGAAGCAGUGGCUCAGUGGCUUCAGCCUGGCCAUGCUCCUGAGUUUGUGUGUGGCAGGGAUGAAUUGCAACCAAACCCUCCCGUAUUACUCGGCUGUGGCUGCCGUAGGGGCUCACCUGGCCCACCAGAUUUACACUUUGGACAUAGACAAGCCUGAAGACUGUUGGAAAAAAUUUGCUUCAAAUCGUACUGUAGGAAUUCUGCUCUUCAUAGGGAUUGUGCUUGGAAAUCUGUGGAAACAAAAAGGCUCAAAUGUAGAAGAGCCUUCAGAGAACAGAUAGUUGAAAUCACUAUCUUGACAUUUUAGUCUAACUGAAGUGUAAGUAUUGUAAGAAGGAAAACACUUUUAAUGUAAAUAUAGAUGCUUUAUAUUGUUUAUUUAUAAAAGCUGGUGGAAACAUUUCUGAAAUCAUGCAAUUGAGAUAAUUCUACAGUGGAAGUUUCGGUAAUCUGGAAAUAACUUCAGUCUGCACAGAAGCUCCAAAAAGUGAACUCCAAAAAGCUCUGCUGGUCCUGUGUAGUAGCAGCAAACUUCUGUCAAGCUCUGGAGACCGUGAACCCAAGAUUUUAUAUGAAGCAGGUGUUUCUUAGUGACAGCACGGGUGAAAAUGCAAAAUGAUUUCUGGAUGUAAAUAAAAUCUGGCUGUACAUGUUU